UCAAAACAAUAACAAUAACACGGGCAGCCAUUACAUGUUAUUGUUUUGCCGAUAGUUUGUGAUUUGAUAUAUGUGAUUACAAUUAAUUUUAUAGCGAAAUAAACUGCUACCUGAGAAGCAAUGCAUGGACGUAGGGAAUACGAUAAUCCUUACGAUGAUUUUGCUCCUCAUAGAGAGAACAAUAUUAUAAACAUUAAGGAUGGGAAGAUCCACCAUCAGUUUCUCGAGAAGAUGAGGAUGUCUGCGGACAGACUCCUCCUUCAUUUGGAAUCAGGUGUUUCGAGCGGUGACUCCCGCGACACCUCGAUCUACACCGGGUGCACCGGCAUAGCGCUGCUCUACUACCUGCUGAGCUCCAGGCGAGAUCCUCAACACCUGCCGAAGGCCGUGAACAUGAUGGAGCAGUCGCUCAAGAGGCUCAAGUACCGGGAUGUGACGUUCCUGAUCGGCGACGCGGGGCCUCUGGCGCUCGGCGCCGUGCUGCGCAAGCACGGCCGGUCCGCGGAGCGCGUGCAAGAGCUGGUGGACAGGGUCGUCGCGCUGCUGCCCCGGGUCGUGGACCUCACGUCGGACCUGCCCGACGAGAUGCUGUACGGGAGGGCCGGCUACCUGUACGCCCUGUUGUACCUCAACCAGGAGAUCGGUCCCAACACCGUCAGCUGUGAUACCAUCGGACAGGUGGUGUCCGCGAUCCUCCAAGCAGGGAGCGCCCUGGCCCGGCGUGAAAGGUGGCCCGUGCCCUUGAUGUACAAGUGGUACGAUGAGUACUACGUCGGGGGUUGCCAUGGUCUUGCGGGCAUCCUCUACAUGUUACUCAAGGCGAGGGAGCACCUGGGCCAGGACGAGCUGCACUCGCUGGUGAAGCCGACGAUAGACUACGUCCAGGGCCUGCGCUACCCCACCAAGAACUUCCCCUCCUCCGUAGGCAGCACAUCGGACCGGCUGGUGCAGUGGUGCCACGGCGCGCCCGGCGCGGUGCAGCUGUUCACCGAGGCUCACAAGGUGUUCGGGGAAGAGCGGUACCUGCGGACGGCGCUGGAGUGCGGGGAGGUGGUCUGGGAGCGAGGCCUGCUCUCCAAGGGCUACAGCAUCUGCCACGGCGUGGCCGGGAAUGCUUACACCUUCCUGCACCUCUACCGCGUCACCGGGGAUCUGAAGCACUUGCAUCGGGCGUGUAAUUUCGCCGACUGGUGCUUCUCGUACGGCAGGAACCAGAGGCAGAAACCGGACAGGCCGCUGUCCUUGUUUGAAGGUAUUGCUGGAGUCAUUUACUUCCUGGUCGACUUGGAGAAUCCAAAUGAAGCCAGAUUUCCCGGAUUUGAAUUGUAAAUUAUUUCCUACUAAAAAUUUUAACCAAAUUCUUUUUUAAACCAUUUCAUUGGAUUUCAUUCCACUUUUGUUGUUUACUGCUUGAUGCAAAUUUUUAAAAUUUCAAAGUAAAGAGUGUGUGAAAAUAUC